AUGACCACCCUAAUCGCAUCUCGACCACGGUCACGACCCGCCCAUCCACCGGGAGCGACAUACUGCGCCUACACCCCCGAUGGCACCAGACUGGUGACGGUCGGGUCCAACAACACCACCAGACUCUACAAGACGGGCUACGAAGGCGAACCCACGAAUAUCGACGACUGCCAGGAACAGAACCUUGCCCUUGCCACCAGCAACAACUACUUUGUGGCCGGCUCCGAAGACGGUACCGUCAGUCUGUACUCCCUCGACACCAAUGCCUUCGACCGUUUCCUUCUGCGAACCUCUCUCCCAGUCCGCGAUGUCGCGAUAUCCCCAGACCAUCAAUGGUGCGCUGUUGCCAGCGACGAGCUGACAGUUAGGCUGGUCGGGGUCCACGACAACACCCAACUACGUACCCUCAAAGAACACGGAAAGCCGACGAAACACUUGACCUUCGAUCCCAAGGGAAGCCUGCUCGCGCUAUCAUGUACCGACGGCGUCAUAUACAUCUACUCUCUGACGGCCGAACACCCCGAGCUUAUUCGCAAGGUGGAUGGUGUCAUUGGUAGGCUAGAGACUGAGUCUGAAGCCUUGUCAAGGGCAGUCUGGCACCCCGAUGGCCGCGCCUUUGCCGUACCAACUCCUACACGAGACAUCCAGGUUAUUUCCAAGAACGACUGGGAGAAGCAGCGGGUAUUCAAGAACGGUCAUGAUGGAGAUAUCACAGCCCUUUCUUGGUCGCCCAACGGUGCCCUUCUCGCCUCGGCUGGCAAAGACAAGAAGCUCCUGAUUUGGUCAACCAAGGACCAGAGUGUCAUUGCGAGAUACGAAUAUCCCAAUGUCACGGAUAUCUGCUGGCAUCCUACCAAGAACCUUGCCUCAUUCACAACCUCCGAUGGAGAGCUUUAUAUCAGCCCCGACUUCGUCCCAGAGCAGUUCGCCUCUCUUCUCAGGCUACCGAAACAGCCCGCCCCCUUCAUCCACGACCCUCUCACCGAACUGUCCAACAACACCCGCCGCCUAGAAGUUAGCGGCCCCAAGCCCGACGCUCGCCCACGCAGAGACUCCGUAGACGCCGACCUCGAUGACCUCCUCGACGAAAACUACGGCGACGACGACGACUUCGUGGUGGACGAUGACGGCGCAGGAUACACCCUCAACGCGGGCCGCAAACGCCCAGCCGAAGACGAUGCUAUCUACGAGAGCCACCCAACAAAGCGAGGCAACUUUGUCCAACCACAACACCACCCCUCCUUCCAACCUGGAUCAACCCCGUGGCGCGGCAACCGGAAAUAUCUGUGCUUGAACCUGAUCGGCUUCGUCUGGACCGUCGACCAAGACUCCCAUAACACCGUAACCGUCGAGUUCUACGACCACGAGUUCCACAGGGACUUCCACUUUACCGAUACUUUCCUCUACGAUAAGGCCUGCUUGAACGACAAGGGAAGCCUUUUCUCGUGCCCACCAAAAGAUGACGGCUCGCCAGCUGUGGUCUUUUACCGUCCUCAUGAGACUUGGACGCAGAGAAAUGAAUGGCGCAUACAGCUGCCCAAGGGCGAGGCGGUGCUGGCCAUGUCGCUGAGUGAUUCCUACAUUACCGUCACAACAACGGGUAACUAUGUGAGGAUAUACACCCUUUUCGGCAUUCCCGUGAGGGUGUACAGGCCCAAGAGCACGCCGAUCGUGACAUGCGCCAGUUGGAGGGACUACGUCCUGACUAUGGGCAACGGGCCCGUGGGUGCGGAUGGUAUGUCGCGGUUGUUGUAUACCAUUGAGAACAUCAAGCGGGAUGAAGUUUGUCAGAACGAAGACACCGUCGCCCUUCCUGAAGGCGCGACAGUGAAGAGCGUCUUCUUUUCUGACAAUGGCGACCCCUGCAUCUACGACUCAACCGGCACUCUCCUCACCCUCCUUCACUGGCGCCGUCCCUCCCGGGCCGUCUGGGUCCCCCUUCUCGACACCCGUCUUCUCCCGCGCCUCGCCUCCGGCCGCAAAAAGGAAUCCUACUUCCCCAUCGCCGUCGCCGACAACAAAUUUCACUGCAUCAUCCUCAAAGGCGGCGACCAAUACCCCUACUUCCCUCGCCCCUUGCUUUCCGAAUUCGACUUUGCCGUGCCCCUCACCUCUGCGAAGCCCAAGAAGUCGAAGUCGAAGUCGAAGUCGAAGAAGAAGCAACGUAGCGGCGACGAUCUAAUGGACGUUGACGGAGAGGAGGAGGAGGACAACGAUUCCACCGCAUCAGAAGCCGACGACUCCGACUCCGAAAACAACGCCGACCCCCUAACAACAAAAGAAUCCCUCCCCCUCACCCAGUCCUUCCUCCUCUCCUCGCUGCGCGCCGCGCAGCUCUCGGACCAGCUCGAAAGCUCCCGCUCCACGGCCUCGCAGCGCGCGGCGCUCGCCCGGUUGGAACUCGACAUCGACAAGACCUUGCUGCAGUUACUGGCGAUUGAGUGCCGCGAGGGCGAGGACAGGGGGAUGAGGGCGCUGGAGGUGGUGCAGCUUAUGAAAGACAGAACGGGACGGAUGAUUGAGGCGGCCGGUAAGGUUGCUGAGAGACACACCACACCAGGAGAUCAACAUUAUAUGCAGCUAGAUCUAGCUGCUCCCAGACACCCGCUCGAAACGCAUAAACAACCACCUUCGUUACGUGCGGUAGAGGGUGUGGUACCUGGCAGCAGCAGCAGACCUCGAACCUAG